AUGGCCGAGGCCCUGUUUGAAGACUUCCUGACCUGCCCCAUCUGCUUGGACCCUCUGAAGGAGCCGGUGAGUCUGGGCUGUCACCACAGUUUCUGCCGCGUCUGCCUCAACAACAGCUGGGCUUCGAACCCAUCCAAGACCUGCCCCAUCUGCCGCCGCAGGUCGUCCAAAGAAACACUGGAGGUGAACUUUGCUCUUAGAGAGCUGUCCCUGUCCUUCAAUGAACAAAAGGAUAAAGAGCCAAAUGUUGCAGAAAAGGCAAAGACUCUGAAGGACAAACAACAGAGCUACAAAGAACUGGAGAAGAACUACGUAGAGCUGCAGUGUCAUCAGAACGAGCAGUCGGUGGAGUGUGUGAGUCAGAUCUCAAAAGUCUUCUCUCGUCUGCAGAAGAUCCUGAAAGAGGAGGAGGAAAAGGCAUUAAUGGCCUUAGGAGAAGAGCAAAGCCAACAAGCUCAACGCCUUGAGUUAGAGCUGCUGCAGGUGAGAAGUCAGGUCACUGCAUUGACCAACAUCAUCCAGGAGCUGCAGAAAAACAAUAACUCUCAAAGCUUCAAGCAGGAGCUUGCUCUGGCCCUCUCACUGCCCCAUCCCCAUCCUCAAGAGAAUCUGCUCCUGAACCAGGCCAAAGUCGUGGGAAACCUGGGCUAUAGUGUGCUGAAAAAGAUGCAGAAAGAGGUGAGCUUCAGUCCUGUCAUUCUGGACCCCAACACUGCAGAGUGCACCAUGCAUCUGUCCCAGGACCUGUGUGCGGUGAGGCCCGGCCCCCAACGACCAGUACCUGUGGUCCCAGAGAGGUUCACCAACGAGGCCAUAGUCCUCGGCUCACAGGGCUUCAGCUCUGGGCAGCACCAGUGGGACGUGGAGGUGGGCGAUCUGCCAACGUGGGACAUCGGAGUGGUCAAGAAGUCUAUCGACAGAAGGGGACAGAUUUAUGCAGACUUUGAUUAUGGAGUCUGGUGUUUAUGGCAUGGAGAGGGAGAGUAUAAAAACAUCUGUGGUCAGACAAUCCCACUGAAAUCAGCUCCAAAGAAGAUCCGAGUGAAACUGGACUACGAGAAGGGAGAGGUGGCCUUCUAUGACGCUCACACUAUGGACCUUCUGCUGAUCCUCAAAGCAACGUUCACAGAGACACUGUUUCCUUAUGUGUCUGUGGGGCCUGCAGCUGGAGCCAAGACCAAAGAGAUCAGAGUCCAGUCCUGUUACGGCCACAGCCUGUAG